AUGUCUUCCGGGGACGGUAGCAAGGCUCCAAGCUCUCAAGCACCUUUAUACUUGUGGGGAGGCUCCCUAGUGCCUAGCAAGAAAUUCGUGGCCAACUUGCACCGCGUGAUGACCGAUGCUCAGUUCCAGAAGUGGCGGGCUGCCUUCAAAUCUGCCAUUCCAGAUGACGUGCAGGUCAAGCUACUGAAGUCUUGGGUGAUAGCAAGCCUUUGGUAG